CUACCUUCUUCGUUAGCCGUCUAUUUCGUUUUUGGAAGGAGCUUAUUUGCGAACUAGCAUGCGUUCAAGCUCUAUUCUCUUUCGCAAUUCCAUACCGUCUGUUUCAUGUUCUUCGUCGUUCUCCCUUUUUCUUCUUCGUUUUUGAGAUCAUAUUUGCAGAUGAAUCUCUCCCACCAUCUCUUGAAUCAGAGUAUAGUUUCCCAGAUUGCAUGGCUCUACAUGCUAUAUACAAGAAUAAGGAUGGCCUGAUAUAUCAUUUGAAGAUGUAUGCCAUCAAUAAUUGCUUUCGUUACAGAACCAAUACAUCAAAGAAACAUACUUUGCAUGUUGUUUGAUAAGAUCCGGAUUGUGGUUGGGCUCUUCAUGUUGUUAAAUUAAAUGGUGUUUCUUUGCAUGUUGCUUCUUUAUUUUAUUAAUAAAAUGUAUUUUAUAUUUUUACAAUUCACCAGUUUCGGCCUAUUUAGUCGUUUCAAUCAAAAUGUCAGUAAUGUCAAUAGAUUUGGAGCCCGUUUGGUAACACUCAAAUUGAU